UCCUACACACAAAUUAAGAGAGACAGUAGCCAUGGAAAUUAAUCCCAUCUUCGUCCUUCUGAUAAUCUUUGCCACUCUUCUUCUCCAAAUGAGCUCCAUUUCAUCCUCUCCCGUGGCCGACCCCGAGACGAUCGUUGAAGAAGUUCUCACGAGCAUCAACAAUGCGAGUAGAAGGAAGUUGGGGUUUCUGUCGUGUGGAACCGGGAACCCAAUCGACGACUGCUGGCGGUGCGACCCCAACUGGGAGAAGAACCGGAAGCGGCUCGCGGACUGCGGCAUUGGGUUCGGAAAGCGAGCCAUUGGCGGCAAAGACGGAAAGUUUUACGUGGUGACUGACCCAAGCGACAAAGACGUGGUGAACCCGAAGCCGGGGACUCUACGCCACGCCGUGAUCCAAAAGGAGCCGCUGUGGAUAACCUUCAAGCGGGACAUGGUGAUAAAACUGAAGGCGGAGCUGUUGAUGAACUCGUUCAAGACCAUCGACGGGCGUGGGGCGUCGGUGCACAUCGCGGGUGGGCCCUGCAUAACCAUACAAUUCGUGACCAACAUAAUAAUCCACGGCAUCAACAUCCACGACUGCAAGCAGGGGGGGAACACGUACGUCCGCGAUUCGCCGGACCACUACGGCUGGAGAACUCUAUCGGACGGCGACGGGGUUUCCAUUUUUGGCGGCACCCAUAUUUGGAUCGACCAUUGUUCUCUGUCCAACUGCCGCGAUGGGCUGAUCGAUGCCAUUCAUGGGUCCACUGCCAUCACCAUUUCUAACAAUUACAUGACCCACCACAACAAGGUCAUGCUUUUGGGCCAUAGCGAUUCCUACACUCAAGACAAGAAUAUGCAAGUUACUAUAGCUUUUAACCAUUUUGGUGAAGGACUCGUACAGAGAAUGCCCAGAUGCCGACAUGGGUAUUUUCAUGUGGUCAAUAAUGACUAUACCCAUUGGAUAAUGUACGCCAUUGGUGGCAGUGCAUCUCCCACCAUCAACAGCCAAGGGAACCGUUACCUUGCUCCCAAUGACCAAAACAACAAAGAGGUGACGAAGCAUGAGGAUGCACCGCAGAGCCAAUGGAAGAAUUGGAAUUGGAGAUCGAGUGGAGAUUUAAUGUUGAAUGGUGCGUUCUUCACGAUGUCGGGUGCUGGAGCAUCGUCAAGCUACGCCAGGGCGUCGAGCUUGAGUGCGAAGUCGUCGUCUCUGGUGGGCUCCAUGACGGCCACGGCCGGGGUGCUGAGAUGUAGAAAAGGCUCUCGGUGCUAGCUCAGCAGCGAGUGGACCAGAACGACAGCGUAUUGGAGAUAAGCAAGGAGAGAUAUAGGGGUGGUUUCGUCUUCUUGUAUAGUAAUUUUUACUUUGUGUUUCUUAAUUGGUCACAACUGGAAAGCUCUCUGUUUUUUUUUUUUUUAAGAAAAGUUGUGUUUUCAGAGUGAGUGACCCACCAUUUGUAAUUCUGUCUUACAAUAUUAUAUAAAUAUUACUAAGUGAAAAAGAAGAAAAAAAAUUCACUGA